GCUAUGGGCGCCCCUCAGACAAGGAUCGCUGCUGCGGCAGCUUGCGAGCUACAGCGGCAAGAUUAACGAAUGAGGCGCUUUUCGAGCGUAGCAUUUUGGGAAUGGCUGCGUCGUCGGAACUUCAUCGUUAUCUUCAGACGCAAUCUGCUGUUAUGACGCUGCGGAUGAGCUCUGUUGGAAAGAGACGUUUUCGAGUUCAUGGUUUUAUGGCCCUACUGCUUAUACUCUCAUUCUUCAUUGAAAAUACCGGGGCACAUCAAUUUGACUGCAGUUCAACGUACAAAGAAAUCAGCGAGAAACACACAUUGUGUCGUCCACAGCCGCCGUUGUGCCAAGUGAUAAAUUCUGGUGUCACCAAAGAGGAGGCACGGGAAAUUUUAAAUAUGCACAACAAGCACCGGCAAGCCGUGGCCCUGGGAAAAAUUGCUGGAUUUCCUCACGCGGCCAAUAUGAUGCAAUUGAAAUGGGAUGAUGAACUUGCUGCAGUUGCGCAGGCGCACGCCAAUCAGUGCCAGUUUAGACACGAUUGCUACGCCUGUCGAAGAGUUCCUAGGUUCACAACUGGCCAGAACCUGUUCUUGUCAUCUUCAAGUUCUCCCAACGCUAUAUCCACGAAUUGGAAGUCCGCCAUCCAAAGCUGGCUGGACGAGGGGAUACUCUUUGACUUUAGUGAAAUUGACAAGUUCAACGGUGGAGGCGAAGCCGGACAUCUGACUCAAAUGAUUUGGGCAACUUCUAAAUACGUGGGCUGCGGACGAGCGAAGUUCAAGAUUAGAGGCGAUCCGACAUAUCGGAUCAUUUAUACCUGCAAUUAUGGACCAGUAGGAAACGUGAAUGAUAUGCGUAUCUACGAAUCGGGGGAAACGUGCAGCCACUGCCCCGAGAAAACUACAUGCAGCAGAUCCUUGUAUGGUUUAUGCAGUUUACACUCAAGAAAAAAUAACAAUUGGCACAAGCGUGAAUCCAAGAAACCCACGACGCAGCAUGUGGGACGCCUCACGAGGGACCGCUAUUUCGGCAAAACGUUCAUCACUGACCCGUGGCUUUCUUCUCACUCAGAAAACUCUGUGCUACAGAAGGUUAUUCCAGCAGUCCCAUCAAAAAAAUGGUGCCGUUGCGACGAAAAACUCCUGCAAAAAAUGCGAGAAGAUGUCCGAAAACUGUAUGCUGGGACCGGUAUUCAUCCUAUUGUGAAGAUAAAAUGCGAGUGUCUCGACUCCGAUAUCAAAGCCCGCGAAGCGUUAAUGAACGAAAACCUGGAUGAAAUGGGUAAAGAGGAACAGGACACUGAGGAAACAGGUACAGAGGCCGUUGAUGACUACGACGUGGAGUGAACACCCCGGACACACGAGCACCAUUUCUAUCAGACGCA